UCUAAAACUGAUUUAUACGUAUAAAUACCAAAAUCUAAAUGCAAAACCCUAGACUCUGAAGUGAAUAGAAGGAGAAAUAUAAACCCUAAAAGACGACUAUACUGUAGAAAACUAGAAGGAAAAAAAAUGGCAAAGUCGAUGAGAUCGAAGAGAGAGAAGAGGCUGAGAGCCAUAAGGAGGGAAAUAGUGGAGCCCUUCUACCAGAAGAAAGAUGAAGCCAAGCUGGCUGCUCAAGAAGCUGCCUUGGCUGCCCCUAAGCUGCCCGUCCGAGCCCCGGACACUGGUUCUAUGCAAGUAGAAGAACAAGUAACAGCACCCAAUUCAACAACUACCAAUCUCAAUCCCAUGGAAGUGGGGAUGGCUGACAGUGAUCAAAGCAAGGGCAAGGCCUCCUUGAAAGCAGUUGGCGGAAUAGGAAAGAAGUCCAAAAACAAGUUUAAGCUUGCCAAAAAGAAGCGUCGUGCCUGUGGUAAAGGCAAGAUCAGGGGGAAGCAUAACCUUUGACUCUCUACAGUCUAGACCCAUUUUUUAUUGUUUUUUUGUUGGCUUUUCUCCUUCUAUGUUGUACUACUGUUGGCCCUUGCUAGUUGGACUAGGUUAUACUGGGUUGCUAUGCUUUUUUCAUUUUGAAUUUAAUUAGUAAUGCCUUGGCUGCUACCUUUUAUUAGUGGUAAAUUAAAUUAUUAGGAAUUCAUAGUUGUGUUUAUUUUUCAUAGUUUAUUCAGCUUUAUUGACAAUGGUUUUAUUUUAUUUAUCUCAAAGGGAGUUGAAAUAGAAUUAAAGCAUAGAUGGAAACUAGAAUUUAUGAACCCGUUAUUAAUCAGAGAGCAAAGCACAGAUGAAUUUGGGUGGAGAAAUUUUGUUGUUGCCCAUUCCGUAAACAUAUACUCGUAUAUAGGAACCAGUAAGUUAAAAGUGUAGGUAAUGUUUAAGAUCCAAGAACUGCAUACUAUUAUGCAUUCCAAGGUUGCUUUUACUUAUCCUGUUUUAAUGUGAUUAUUCUAAAUCAGUGUUCUUAUUUUACAAGUUCAUCUUGGAGUGGAAUUAUAUAUGUUUACAAAGGGUCUACUGAAAUUAGGCCUGUUUGUUAAUUGAAAU